AUGUUAGCCUCUAUCAGAACACGCAUUAUGAUACUAUCUGAUACUCACGCACAGAGGUUCCAACCCGGUCUGGAACCUCUUGAGCCAGUAGACCUGGUGAUUCACUGUGGCGACCUCACAAAUAACUCCACGUUGAGAGACUACCGUGAGGCCAUCCAUCUACUGGACAGUAUCAAAGCUCCGUUGAAGAUCGUCAUCGCAGGAAACCAUGACUUCUCCCUUGAUGAUAAGGCCUACCGUCGUAAGAUCAGGGAAACCUGCAGGAUUAAUCAAGAAAAUCUCAGCGGUGCCAUCAAGGCCGAGUAUGGACAGGUUGGCGAAGCCCAACAGAUACUGCUCGAGGCCGUAGCAAAGGGCAUCACAUUCCUGAGUGAGGGACCUCACCAACUUCAACUUCCCAGUAAUUCUGUUCUGGAGCUUUACGUGAGUCCGUAUACACCUACUCACAACUGCCCUGGCUGGGGCUUCCAGUACGAUGGCAUUCACGAUUUCAACAUCAAACAGGGGACCGAUAUUGUUAUAACACACGGCCCACCUCUGGGAAUCAUGGAUUUAACGUCGAAUAACGAACGAAUCGGGUGCCCACAGUUGUUCGCUGCAGUUGCGAGAGCCCAACCACGGGUCCAUUGCUUCGGACAUGUUCACGAAGGCUGGGGUGCAAAGCUGGUGUCGUGGAGACCCAACAUAUCAAAGGUUCCGCACCAUUUCACCGACAUUAACAACGAUCAAUCCAUUGUGAUUGAGAAUCUGGCACGGUUAACCGGCCACUCGCAUGAGACCCCUCGGGAGAAAGUGUUGAGGGAAUGGAGGAAGAGAGAGUACGCGUCACGACGGUAUUGCCAUAUCAAUCCCACUGGUGCACAGAUGCGACCUGGCGAGACCAUGUUUGUUAAUGCUGCACUUAUGGGAAAUGGACGGUUUGAUAAAGUCCCAUGGUUGGUAGAACUUGAUCUGGACGAAAAUCAAGGGGCAGAGUUUGAUCAGGAACUAUCUGAGUACAUGCUUGGAGUGGGUUUUCAGGGUAACGACAGGGACGAGCGCAAACGAAGUGUCGAAUCUGAUCCUUCAGCUAAUGAGGGAGACAUAAAAAGGAGAAGGGUAACCCAUCCCAUCACAAACUGA